UUUAAUUAGUACAGGUGUAUUCCCCCUAAAAAACAUGAUUUACCAAGGACCAAAUCCGGAUUUAGCCAUGACGUACAAUCCUUUUCUGCUUCACAGACCAUCGGAUUACACCUCCCUGUUGCAGCAGCAUUACCUGUCAUCCAUGUCCCUUCCCAUCCCAGGGGGCGUCCCCUCCUCAAUCCUCCCAAAGCUACAACAGACCGUCGCUCGGUCGCCCCUCACCCCCGCGGAUCUUCUUCAUCACAUGCACCCGAGACCGAUCCGGAGUUUAGAACCUCCGGAACAAGAUGUCCAGGAUGAUCCGAAGGUGGACUUAGAAGGAAAGGAUAUGUGGGAACAAUUCCAUAAACUUGGUACGGAGAUGGUCAUCACCAAAUCCGGAAGGCGGAUGUUUCCUCCUUUUAAAGUACGUGUAUCUGGCUUGGACAAACGAGCCAAAUACAUCUUACUGAUGGACAUCUCGGCGGUAGAUGAUUGUCGCUACAAGUUUCAUAACUCACGCUGGAUGGUGGCCGGCAAAGCGGAUCCGGAAAUGCCAAAACGGAUGUACAUCCAUCCCGACUCUCCCAGCACCGGUGAACAAUGGAUGCAAAAAGUCGUCUCCUUUCACAAACUCAAACUCAGCAACAACAUAUCCGACAAACAUGGGUUUGUAAGUACAACAAUUCUGAAUUCCAUGCAUAAGUACCAGCCUCGUUUCCACUUGGUACGUGCCAAUGACAUCCUUAAACUGCCCUACUCCACAUUUAGGACAUACGUGUUCAAGGAGACAGAGUAUAUUGCAGUUACAGCCUACCAGAACGAAAAGAUAACACAACUGAAAAUCGACCAUAAUCCGUUCGCAAAAGGAUUCCGAGAUACCGGAAGCGGAAAGAGAGAGAAAAAACGUUUGAUGUUACAAUCUUCCCAGCAACCCUCGGCAGUGACACCGGACGGUCGCAGGGACGACGUACACAGCGAGGAAGAGGACGAUGCGGAAAUUUGUGUUGACGAUCCGGAUGAUGGACUUGACGAUAUGGAUUCGGUUCCCACAAUGAGCUCUCGAAUCAUAGAAGAAGCUCAACGACUUAGGGCUGAAGAGACACUGACACGACAGGCUCUCGAGCGUCCUUCGCCAUCCCCUGUACUGGAAUCGGACACUGGUAGUGACCAUGAAUCAACUGCUGCGUCUAUUCAGGAAUCCAAAAGUUUGGAAACUCGAACAACACCGACGUCAUCGCCGGAACCAGUUGACACGUCACUUGUUCAUACACAACCAAAAGACUUCUUUUUACGGCGUGAAGAACAUUCAACUCUCGCCGAAUCACGGGACGCUCAAUGCGACUCAUCACGUGACCGUGAAAUAUCAUCUGAGAAAUUCCCGACAGAAGAAAGACUUUCUCCUCCCCAGUCAGAACAGGAUCGAUCUCCUCACGGCUCUCAAGGACGCGUUUCGAAGUCCCCAGAGAGGUCUUUCCAAGAACAUAGUCAUUUUGCGACCAAAGAUCACACCAGUCCUCCAAAUGUCACAGUCAUCCAACCAUCUGUGACACAUCCAAUAUUUCCAUACCUGUAUCCGUACAACACAUCAGCAUCCUCAUUACCAUAUCCCAUGAGUCAUUUGUUUUCGGGAAAUACGUCACUUCCGACAGCACUGCCAUUUCUUCCUACCUCAGGACACACGGACCUUAGUAGUAGUUUACCUCAUACGCAUCCAAGUGCGCAUGCGUUAUCUGCGUUAGGUCAACUUCCGUUUCCUGGUCAUCCAUUGUUGCAAUCGAAUUAUUCUAGUCUGAGUCCGUCAAUGAACGCUGAUAGUGCACUGUCUCCGCCCUCAUCUUUAGGACCAAUCUUUCCAUCAAGGAGUAGCCCUCGAUUUACCCCUUACUCUCUACCUACCACAAACACUACCAUAGCAACGAGUGCGUCGCCAGGUGCGGCGUCGGGCCUCCAUAUCAGUGCUCACUCUCCACCCCAUUCAUCCAGUGUCGGGAUCACUCGACCUUCACCUAUACGGCCACGUAGUCCGUUGUCUUCACGCAUGCCUCGCCACAUUUCUCCAAUAGCAAAUCCAAACAGUGAACUCAAAAGCAUCGAACGGAUGCUUAAUGGUUUGGAAAGGAAACGGCUGGCCAAUCGCGAGAGGCAGUCUAUAGGCAGUGCUAAUUGAAAGGUUUGGUGGUGACAAUGGUGAGUAGCACCGACCCUUACUCUGACCAUGGUCAUGUUUACGCCGAUUAUCCUGGGUUCAUGCGGUACCACAUCAAAUAACGGCGAGUGCCGGACAAUCGGAUGGCUGAAGGCUGGUAGUUACCAGUAGGAUUUACAGCAUAUCAGUGAGUGGAUUACAAUGGACACGAGUAGAUCAUGUUUCAUGGUUUCACUCUAUGGACUCAACACUAGUACUGUUUGAAUUAAUCUGUUCCAUACCGCGGGUGCAUUCAAGGACUGUGUCGUUCAGACUCUUGCAAUGUACAGAAAGUAGUGCUGUUUCCAUGGAAACGAUUUUGUCUGCAAAUGUGUGCUGUACAAUAGUGCAAGUGAAUUCCACAACCGUUAGUAGCUGAGUUAGAGCUGCUAGGCUACACAGAGUCAGUUAAUUUAUUUUAUACAGUUAGAUAUUAAAAUGUAAUUUGAUUAAUGUUAUUAUUAUGUUUAACAUG